AUGAGUAUAAAACUCUUUUUUUGGAAUGUCCGGGGUAUUAAUGAACCGGAUAAACACAGGCCUUUUGUUAGUUGGCUCCAAUGCCAUAAGCCUUUGUUCGGAGCUAUUCUAAAGUCUCACAUAAAAGAACCUUUAUUGAAACUCCUACUUACUAAGAUCUGCCCUGGCUGGUCCUAUUUCUCUAAUCAUUUAUCUGACCCCGAUGGACGGAUCAUUCUCAUUUGGAAAGACCCUAUCAAAGUAAGCAUACUCUCCCAGUCUCGCCAGUGUAUCAACUGCGUACUAACUGUCCCAAAUGGCCCAUCUAUCUUUUACUCGGAUGUGUAUGCUUCCAAUCUAACUGAAGAGAGAGCUGACUUGUGGGUUGAGUUGCUUCAUACUGCGAUCAAUUAUAAUCUGGAUGCUAGCACCUGGGUUGUUGGUGGGGAUUUCAACCAAACGCUUUAUCCCUCUGAGCACUCUACCAACAAUGGCGCAGCUCCUGAUAACCUUAUGUACCAGUUUCAAGAUUGCCUACUGCAAGCAGGCUUGUUCGACCUCCGGUACCUCGGCCCCUCUUUCACCUGGUCUAACAAGUGCCCUUCUUUUCCUAUUGCAAAGAAACUGGACAGGCUGCUUGUCAACAGCUCCAUGAUCCCUACUUUUCCAAGUGCGAUUGCUACAUUUCUGCCUACUCAGAUCUCUGACCACGCCCCCUGUGUCCUAGACCUAUCUUACUCCCUCCCUUCAGCCGGUACCAAGCCCUACAAAUUCCAAAACUACCUCACCCGUCACCCCCAGUUUCUCCAGCUUAUGCAAAGCUCCUGGUUUCAAUCUGGAAUUGAGAGUCAUACAUUAUCCCAACUUUGUUGGAAGUUGAAGUUGAUAAAGAGAGAUCUUAAACACCUAAAUCGAGAGAACUUUUCAAAUAUUCAAGAAAGAGUGAGUGAGGCUAACCGUUUGUUGCAGUGUAUGCAGGUCCAAGCGCUCCAAUCACCAACUCAGGAGAAUUUCGAGGCUGAGAGAGAACUCCACUUCCGCUGGUCCUUCCUUCGCACCAUAGAAGAAAGCUACUUUAGGCAAAAAUCGAGAAUCAAUUGGCUAAAAGAGGGGGAUUUGAAUACUGCUUACUUUCACCGUAUGUGUCAGGUCCGAGCAAGCUUUAAUGCCAUUAGAGCCUUCAUCACUCCGUCUGGAUGCUUGAUAACUGAUCCUAUGGAGAUGAGCAUACACGCUGUGUCGCACUUUGGAUCUAUGCUAGCGCCUGCAGUACUCUCUCCCUCCUUUGUCUACUCGGCUCCUUCCUGGUUUGCUGAACUCACGGGGUUUCAGCUAUCUGAGUUUGAAUCUCAACAGAUGGUUCUUACGCCUUCUUGGGAAGAAAUAAAGGCUCUGUUCUUAAAGCUCAACCCAAAUAAAGCCCCUGGGCCGGAUGGGUUAACCUCUGGCUUCUUUAAAGGUGCUUG